CCGCUACUAGGCCUGUCGCAGGCUGAUCCAGUAGUCGACUUUUAGGUUUAUGGGACGCUUUGCAAAUGUCUAACCCUUUGGCGCUGCCACCAGGCAGUUGUUUGACGAAAUGCCUCAACGAUCACCGCCGCCUUCCGUUCGUCAACUCCAUCAUCCGCGCCUUCACGGAGAAGGGAGCUCCUCACAGCGCCAUCUCCGUCCUCAAAGCCUUUCUCUCCUUCUCACCCUUCCGCCCCGACCGCUUCACCUUCGUCCUCGCCCUCCAAGCCUGCCUCCGUUCCUCCAACCUCACUGCCGCCGCCCAGCUGCAUGCCCGGAUUCUCAAAAUUGGAUUCCAAACCGAUGCCUCCGUCGUCCCUCCCCUUUCUCACCUCUACCUCAGGCACCGACACGUCGACGAAGCCCUGCUGCUUCUGGCCGAGGCCUUCGCCGGGUCCAUCGAUGUCGUCAGUGGCAACCUCCUGAUUGCCGAACUCUUCAAGAACCGAGAGUUCGAGAAGGCAAAUCGAGUCUUCAAGCAGAUGCCGACCAAGGACAUAGUUUCCUGGAACUCCAUGAUCGCCGGGUGCGUCCAGAACUCGCGCCCCAGGGAGGCCCUGAGCUUCUUCGAACGUAUGCUCGCUUCCGGAUCGGAGCCCGACGGCUUUUCCUUCUCGGCGGCGCUCUCUGCAUGCGCUCGCGUCGGCGCCCGCGGUCUCGGCGAAAGACUCCACCGAAUGAUGCUGGAGAAGAGGAUCGACCUAAAUUACAUUCUUUGCUCGGCCUUAAUCGACAUGUACGCCAAGUGCGGGAACAUCGACGCGGCCAGAGCAGUGUUCAACGGCGUCUGCAGAGACAGUAUUUCAAUCUGGAAUUCGAUGAUCACCGGCUUAGCAAUUCACGGGCUCGGAUCUAACGUGCUGGAGUUGUUCUCCCGGAUGCAGACCGAGGGGCUGGCACCAGAUGCAGUCACGUUUCUCUCAGUUCUGACAGCGUGCAGCCAUGCGGGUAUGGUCGAAGAGGCUCGCCGUCAUUUUAGAAACAUGAACGAGGUGCACGGAAUUGAGCCAAGAAUGCAACAUUAUGGAGCGAUGGUGGACGCAUUGGCUCGAGCAGGCCUCCUAGACCAAGCCUACGAGACUAUAAGGGGAAUGCCGAUGGAGCCUGACAGCGUAACAUGGAGGAUACUUCUAAGUGCUUGCAGGAGGCAUCACAGGGCGGACUUGGGUGAGAUAGCAAUCAGUCACAUGGUGAAUCAUGGCAGUGGAGACUACGUAAUGAUGUGGAGAAUCUAUUCAGCGAAGGGAAAAUGGACUGACGCAGCUGGAGUUUGGGACUCCAUGAAGGAGAACAAAGUCCGGAAGAAACGAGGAAUGAGUUGGGUGGAAGUGGGGGGAGAUGUGCACCAGUUCAAGGCUGGUGACCGGCUGCACACCGAGGCGAAGGAUAUCUACAGAGUGUUGUAUGGCUUGACCCAAAGAGUAAAACUGGAAGGAUUCCGCCCUAUGACCGAGCUUGUGUCCAUGGAUGUUUUGGAGGAGGAAAGGGAGGAGAACCUCAACUUGCACAGUGAGAAGCUAGCCAUUGCUUAUUGUUUCCUGAAAACUGGGCCUGACACAGAGAUCAGGGUGUCAAAGAACCUUCAGACAUGUGAGGACUGUCAUGAAUGGAUUAAGAUUGUAUCAAAGGUGCUUCAUAGGGUGAUUUUAGUUAGAGAUAGGAUCCGUUUUCACCGGUUUGAGAAAGGUACUUGUUCAUGUAAUGACUACUGGUAAGCUUCCAAUUCAAAUCACUGAUUCGAAUUUGAUCAAGCUGCUUAAUCUCUUUGAUCGGCUGCAUGUGUUUGUUUCUGACCUGACUGUAGUUCCUUAGUGAGAUGGAUUUUCUACUUCUCUCACACUUCAGAGAUCUAUUCUUAACGAAGACCUUUUUCAAAUUGCUGCAAAGAAUUGAAUUUCCUAGUGAUAGUAGCUGCAACAAAACUGAAGAGGAUGGAGAGCCAACCAAAAUCAACUCCUCAAGGUUGAUUCAUUGGGAAAUCAGAUAAAUUAUGUUCGGGUUUUAUUCAUCUCUUCAGUUUAAAAAUAUUACAUUGGAAUUAUGUUCUGGACAAAU